CCCAUUUUGGCGGAGACAUUCGUGAGUAUCAACAAUGAAAUUAGAUUUGACGGUAGUCGUAAUAAUUGCAAUUGAUUAAUAAUUUGAAUUUAAAAUAAGUUAUUGGAGUUAACUUAAUUUAUUAGUGAUGUCCAUGUACUGACUGGUGUUUAUGAGUUAACAAUGCUGUGUUUUGAGUGAUUGUAUUAAAACAUUGUUCAUCGGAAUGAGGACCGGAAAAUCUUGUUUUUGGACCAUGCUGCAAGCGUUAGCUUUUCUACCCAGUAUGGCUUUAAAAGAUUCACAAACAACAACGAAGAGAGUUAUUGAGGAGCCAGAGUUUGCGAGGCCGAUCGGUAACCACACAUUCUUUCUGGGACGGGAAGCUGUCAUUGGUUGUGCAGUUAGCAAUCUGGGAAAACAUAAAGUGGGUUGGCUCCGUGCGGAAGACCAGACGGUCUUGACAAUGCAUGACCGUGCGGUCCUCGGAGCUCGGUACUCAGUGAACAUGGACGCACCACACACAUGGCAGCUACGUAUACGACCGCUACGAGCUGAAGACCGUGGCUGUUACAUGUGUCAGAUAAAUACACAGCCGACUAUGAUCUGGCAGAUCGGAUGUAUAGACGUAUUCGUGCCCCCGGAUAUAAUAAGUGAUGACACGUCAUCAGACGUAUCGGUACAAGAGUUAGAGAACGCGACACUGACUUGCAAAGCAACGGGUCACCCACCGCCGAAGAUCACUUGGAGAAGAGAAGAUCAUGAACCGAUCCUGCUCAAGAAACCACAAACUAGAGAAUUCGAAAAGGUUGAAAGUUACGUGGGCAGUUCGUUGCCUUUGUUGCGAGUUGACAGACGACAAAUGGGCACCUUUCUUUGCAUCGCUUCAAACGACGUCCCUCCCGCUGUCAGCAAGAGGAUAACGUUACUUGUGAAUUUUGCACCAACGGUGAAGGUUCCAAAUCAGUUGCUAGGCGCGCCGCUGGGCACUGAUGUUAAACUCAAGUGUUACGUGGAAGCCUAUCCUAAUACUAUCAACUAUUGGAUUAAGAACAGAGGAGAGAUGCUUUUAGAUGGUCCAAAGUAUACGAUAAGGGAAGAGAAAACGUCGUACAAAGUAUCGAUGUGGCUCACGAUAAAACAAUUCUCAAAAAGCGACAUCGGCACAUACAACUGUAUUAGUACUAACUCAUUAGGAAAAAGCGAAGGGACACUUCGCUUAUACGAAAUAAAACUUAAUUCUCCGUCUGAAGACUUUAAUAACCAGAUUAGCGUAGCUGGAGGUCUAACUGAAGUGGCAAAAGCGAUGUCCGAAGAUCAACAGUCAAAUAAUCCGUUGUUAACAGUAUGCUGUCUAGUGUUAUCAAAUAUGUUUAUUUAGGUGUUGUAACAUGAAAUAUAAUUGUAAAUAGAAGAUUCAUUUAUGCUUUAUCGUAAUACGAUUACAGAAAAUGUUUUGUAAAUAAUUGUUAAUA